CGAGGAAGCCGAUCGAUCGAGAAACGAGAAGCCAUUUCCGUGUACGCGAGCGGCCAAGGAGUCUCCAAGUCCGAGAUGAACGCGCCCACCUCAUGGCUCUUCGCCGACAACUCCAGGUACAGCACCCGCUCGCGGAUGCUCUUCAUCGGCCUCUCCUUCGCCAUCGGCAUCGCCACCUUCCUCCUUUACCUCGCCAUCUGGUACGCCUGCCGCACCCGCAGCCAGCGCCAGCGCGCUGUGCGUGCCGACGAUCUGGAGGCCGGCGCCGCCUCACCGGGGUCCGAGCGCCGCGGCAUGAGCGACGCCGCCAUCGCCGCGCUCCCCACCUUCACGUACAAGCUCCCCGCCGUCGUCCCAGAGGCAGCGGCCGUUGAAGACGCGCAGGCGGCUGCUGUGGACUGUGCGGUGUGCCUCGGGCAGGUGGAGGCCGGCGAGACGGUGCGGCGGCUGCCCAAGUGCGCGCAUUUGUUCCACGCCGAGUGCGUCGACGGCUGGCUUCGCGCGCACUCCACCUGCCCCAUGUGCCGCGCCCCCGUCGGCCCGCCCGCCGCCGCCGCCUCCAAGAAGGACGGCACCGCGGACGCCACCCCGGUGGUCGCGUCAGCGACAGCGACAGCAGUGCCACCUGUCUAAGCUCGAGCGCCUAGCUUCAUCGGGAAGAAUGUACUGAAUCGCAUGAUUGAAGAAUUAAUAGCUACGUACAGCGAUCAGUCGACUAGGUAGCUAGCUAGAGGAACGUAACCUAGGACGAUAUAGAGGCCCAAUUAUUCGAGGAGAUUUGUUCAGUUCGUAGUAGUAUAUACGUACGUGUACAGAAGUAUCUGUGACGUCGAUUGUUUCUGGUGUAUUCGUACCACUUGUAGAAGUACUAGGUGAGCUAGCUGUUGUGAUUUUUUCUGAUUGAUGGAAUGAAUCUACCUAGCACGUACUGUACCGCAAA